AAAAUAAAAAUAAAAUAAAUAUUUAUUUAUUGUUAUUACGUGAAGAAUUUCUCAAAAAUAUAACAAAUUUAUUUAUUCAAAAGAAUCAUGCUUUUUGUGCGGACCUUAGAAUAUUGGAUAAGAAAUAAAACUUGUUUAGAAUCAUUCAACUAAAUCAAGGCUUGAUGAAAAAAAUCCUACAGCAAACAUUAAAAAAAUGAGUAUAAUAAAAUUUCAAGUAAUAUUAAUCAGUUUGUUGUAUAAGAACAGUUUACCAUUCGCUAGAGCAAAUUUGGAAAAUGAUUCUGAUAAAAUUAAAAUCAAUAAAUGCUGUGAAAAAUUCGAAAUAUAUCAAGACCAACUAUGCGUUAUUGCAAAUGACACUGAUAUAGGGCAAUAUGUACCAACGUUUGUGAAUAACCAUAAUAAUGUAGGAUACACCUUUUUAAUUGGAAACCCAACAUGCGGAUCUAACCAAAUAUGGCCAGUGUUUGAUUAUCACGGGGGUUCAGAUAAAUUGGUAUUACUUGAAGAUGGAAGAUUGAGGCACUACACCCUUCGUUUAAAUAAUGCUACUACUGAUCAUUUUAAUAUUACUGAUGAAAACGAAAGUACUUCCAGAUACUACGACUAUGUGCAGGGACAAUAUUGUAUUGACAAAGGCAUAUUAAGUAAUGGUACAACCAAAGAAUAUAUUUUCGCAAAAAUAUGCUCGCCACGAUCAUCCCCAAAAUGGGCCGAUUAUGAUUUUAUAUUGAGAAGCAUUUUGAAACCCAUUUUCGACAUAAUUUCCAUUUUUAUAUUUUUGAUAGUGGCUAUUGUGUACUUCGUUUUGCCAACGUUACGAGAUUUAAUAGGAAAUAUUAUAACAACAAUUUCUAUGUGUCUACUCUGUAAUCAAGCAGCAAAUUUGAUAAAAGAUUUACAAUUAGCUAACUUAAUUAGUUUCAUGAUAUUAGAUACAAUUAUUUAUAUAAGCUUGCUUAGCGCAUUUUUAUGGUUAAGUAGUUUUGGAUAUUAUAUUUGGAAAAAAUUCCGCGCACGCAAUGUUUUCCUUAGAGUAACUGAUGGCCAAAAAUAUUGCUGGUAUUCAAGUUAUGCUUGGGGACUAACUGUAGUUUUAUCAAUUUUAGCAUUAUUUGCUCACUACUUUUUGGACAUAAAGAUGUAUAAAAGUGAUGAAAAUUUUAAUGUAGAUCAUGAAAAUCAUGAUAUGAAUCAGAAUACUAUUGGUUGGCUUGGAAUCUCAAUUUUUUUUUCACCAAUCGCAAUGUCUAUACUUAUAGAUAUAUUUUUUCAAUUAAGUACAAUUAAAUUAAUAUAUAAACGGAAUGUAUAUGGACGUAUACAACAAAAACUAAGAUCAAAUUUUAUCAUGUUUAUAUGGCUAUUUUCAAUUAUGACCCUGAAUUGGAUUUUUCUACUGCUCUCUUGGUGCAGCAUUAAAGGACUGGUUAUUUUAUUUAUUCUAUUUAACACGUUACAAGCACCACUUAUAUUUUACAUAUGCAUUUUGCGACAAAAACACGUGACAUUCCUUCUUAAAAAAACAUUCUGUUAUAAUGAGCCACCAGCGUUUAAUGAUUGGGGCGACGAGUUAACUCAUAUAAAUGAUAAUAAUUAUUAAGAAUUUUAGCUUUUAAGAUAAUAAUUGGAAAAAAUACAUAUAUGUUUGAACAUAUUAA